UUUUUCUCGCGAGGUAUGCUUUAUUAUUUUGACAUAAAUAAAUAAAUAAAUAGGUACAUAUUUUCUCAGUCUUCCUUCCAACACCACCACCACCACCACCACCACCACCGUGCAUUCGACCCCAUGUGGGGUUAAAAUUUGGGAUUCUCCGUUUUGAACCCUUUGAAAAUCCCGAAUCAUCUGAGAACCCAUGCGGCCGCUUGGAUGAUGUACCAUUAGAACAGAAGUGGUGUAUGGAGGGGGCAAUUCUCUGUGCAAGUAAGGACAGGGAAAUUUAUUGCAGUUGCCUGCCCGCCAAUGGAAGCACACCUUCUGUUGCUUCGUGUCGUUCGAAAGUCUCCCGAGUCUGCUGAACACGCGCUUGUUACCGUCUAAGCCCAUAGCUGAUCACGACUAGAAUAUGUAGUAUAGAAUCAAGAACUUUCUGUGUCUUUAAAAGUUGAAAGCUCAGGGUUGGGGAAAUGGAGGAUCGGUGAAGACAAAGAAUGGAAUUCGAUCAUCAGAAAACCCUAAUUCGUUAAUGUCAAUAUCAGAAAUACUAAAUCGCUACUCUCUUUCACUCUGAAGAACCUUCCUCGCUCCAGCCAAACAGGCGCCACUAAGAUUCACCAUGCUUUACAGAUUCCAACCGUUGCGAACGGUUUUCUGGGAAAAUACCCGACUGGUAUUCAAAUAUGAACUCCUAACCCCGCCCAGAAGAGACUCCUGUUUGCAACUCAUUUCACGCGAAGCCCACUCUUACCUUGCCCCUCCUCGGGUUUUCCACAGCGACAAGACCGACCUAUCCAACUUCCAUUCAAGAGCUCAGUUCCUUCACUCGGGGACAGGUUCUGAAGUUGUCGCGGCGUCUCGACUAGACCCAGAUGAUCAAUCUGCCAUCGCAGUCCAAGAUCUCCUCAAAAUUCACAGGGACAGCUCAGUGGAGCAGCUUGAGCAAGCUUUCGAUCGAUGUGGGCUCUCGCUGAACGAUGAUUUAGUCCUCAAUGUGCUCAAGCGGCAUCGUUCGGAUUGGAAACCCGCUUAUCUGUUCUUCAAUUGGGCAUCCAGAGGAGGAGCAGGAUGUGGGUAUGCACCUGGGUCCGGCGCUUGCAAUGAGAUUCUCGAUAUUCUUGGGAAAAUGAAGCGUUUCAAUGAACUGAACCAAAUGCUCGACGAAAUGUCCAAGAGAGGAGGCGUCAUCAACGAAAGAACAUUCGGGAUACUGCUAAAUAGAUAUGCCGCCGCUCAUAGGGUGGAAGAAGCAAUUGACAUCUUUUACAAGAGGAAACAGUACGGCUUUGAGCUUGAUUUGAUUGCGUUUCAGACGCUUCUGAUGUCGCUGUGCCGAUACAAACAUGUGGAAGCUGCAGAAUUUUUGUUUCACUCCAAGAAGCAUGAAUUCCGGCCCACUAUUAAAACGAGGAACAUAAUUCUCAAUGGAUGGUGUGUGUUGGGAAAUUUGCGGGAGGCCAAACGGUAUUGGAAUGAUAUAAUCUCCUCCAAAUGUAAGCCUGAUUUGUUCACGUAUGGAACAUUCAUCAAUUCAUUGACGAAAGCUGGAAAAUUGGGCACAGCAGUCAAGCUUUUUCGAGCAAUGUGGGAGAAGGGUUGCACCCCGGACGUCCCAAUAUGCAAUUGCAUUAUCGAUGGUCUGUGUUUCAAAAAGAGGAUUCCUGAAGCUCUCGAAAUCUUCAGGGAAAUGAAUGAGAAAAACUGUCUUCCAGAUGUUGCCACAUACAACUCGCUCAUCAAACAUCUCUGCAGGAUUCAGCGGAUGGAAAAAGUAUACGAGCUUUUGGAUGAAAUGGAGCAGAAGAAAGGGUGUUGUUCCCCAAAUGCUAGAACAUACGGGUACUUGCUGAAAUCCACAAAGAAGCCGGAGGCAGUCCCCAUGCUUUUGGAAAGGAUGGAGAGAAAUGGAUGCAAGAUGCUUGGAGACACCUACAAUUUGAUAUUGAAGUUGUAUGUGGAGUGGGAUCAUGAGGAGGGAAUAAAAUCUACUUGGCUUGAGAUGGAGAGUAAUGGGUUGGGACCAGACCAGCGAUCCUACACCAUAAUGAUUCAUGGGUUGUUUGAUAAAGGGAAGAUAGAGGAUGCCUUGUGCUAUUACAGUGAGAUGACAUCGAAGGGAAUGGCGCCAGACCAGAGGACCAAGUUGCUGGUGAAUGCCAUGAACAUUAAACUGAAGGAGAGAAAUGGUGGAAAGUGGGGUACCAGAGAAUAGACAGUGACAAGCCUUGACAGCUUGUCAAGGCUUUCAACUGGAAGAGCAAGGAAGAAAGGAAAGGGUCUAGGUCUAGGUCGAGGUGGUGCUGUUUAUUUUCAUGUUCUGUUUGAUCAAUCAUAUCUAUGUUUUCUUUCCCGAUUUAAGAGUGAGAAUUGAUGACCUAUCUCCGUGUACUAGGAAGUAACGGUAGUGGUCUCCACCAUGGAUGUAUGGAUUCAUUCUUUAAUUUAUCAGGAGCACAACAAUAUAUAUA